AUGGCUCCUGGUUUAGUCUUGAGUAGGUCAGCGUUUGCCUGGUGGUGCCAAAGAGACUCUGAGAGGACAGCAGAGUGCCAGUGCCUGACUGCCCGCUGUCACCCAGCCUGUCGCCCCGACUGCCAGCCAGACUCUCUCACUGCAGCGUUUAGAAGGCAAAUACCCAACCACACUGCACCUUCCCCUGAUACAUUACCCAACCUCACUGUACCUUCCCCUGAUUCAUUACCCAACCACACUGCACCUUCCUCUGAUACAUUACCCAACCACACUGCACCUUCCCCUGAUACAUUACCCAACCACACUGUACCUUCCCCUGAUACAUUACCCAACCACACUGUACCUUCACCUGAUACAUUACCCAACCACACUGUACCUUCCCCUGAUACAUUACCCAACCACACUGUACCUUCCCCUGAUACAUUACCCAACCACACUGUACAUUCCCCUGAUACAUUACCCAACCACACUGCACCUUCCCCUGAUAUAUUACCCAACCACACUGUACCUUCCCCUGAUACAUUACCCAACCACACCUUACCUUCCCCUGAUACAUUACCCAACCACACCGCACCUUCCCCUGAUACAUUACCCAACCACACUGUACCUUCCCCUGAUACAUUACCCAACCACACUGCACCUUCCCCUGAUACAUUACCCAACCACACUGUACCUUCCCCUGAUACAUUACCCAACCACACUGCACCUUCCCCUGAUACAUUACCCAACCACACUGUACCUUCCCCUGAUAUAUUACCCAACCACACUGUACCUUCCCCUGAUACAUUACCCAACCACACUGUACCUUACCCUGAUUCAUUACCCAACCACACUGCACCUUCCCCUGAUUCAUUACCCAACCACACUGUACCUUCCCCUGAUACAUUACCCAACCACACUGUACCUUCCCCUGAUACAUUACCCAACCACACUGUACCUUACCCUGAUUCAUUACCCAACCACAUCGCACCUUCCCCUAAUACAUUACCCAACCACACCGCACCUUCCCCUGAUACAUUACCCAACCACACUGUACCUUCCCCUGAUACAUUACCCAACCACACUGUACCUUCCCCUGAUACAUUACCCAACCACACUGUACCUUCCCCUGAUACAUUACCCAACCACACUGUACCUUCCCCUGAUACAUUACCCAACCACACCUUACCUUCCCCUGAUACAUUACCCAACCACACUGUACCUUCCCUUGAUACAUUACCCAACCACACUGUACCUUACCCUGAUACAUUACCCAACCACACUGUACCUUCCCCUGAUACAUUACCCAACCACACUGUACCUUACCCUGAUUCAUUACCCAACCACACUGCACCUUCCCCUGAUUCAUUACCCAACCACACUGUACCUUCCCCUGAUACAUUACCCAACCACACUGUACCUUACCCUGAUUCAUUACCCAACCACACCGCACCUUCCUCUAAUACAUUACCCAACCACACCGCACCUUCCCCUGAUACAUUACCCAACCACACCUUACUUUCCUCUGAUACAUUACCCAACCACACUUGUGAGAUCAUCUGA